AUGAUAAAAGUGGAAUUGAGCGAUGGUAUCAAUCAUAUUCAUGCGAUUGAAAUUUGUGAGCCAAUCUUCGACCUCGAAUCAAUUGUUCCCGGAAUGAAGAUAAUUCUCAUCGACAAAGUUCGAUGUAGACGAGGAAUUCUUUUACUAGACUCUAGUAAUUGUCAGAUUCUUGGCGGACAAGUUGAACAACACAAUUAUUUGCCGGUGGAAAAAAUGGCGAAAAUGUUGAAGAUUGAUUUGGAUGCGGAGACGAAGAGGAAAACGUAUGAACCAAUUUUUUCCCCCAAGAAAAAUUUAUAUUUUCGCCCCCUAAUUUCAGAUUGGCCAACGAAAAAGCGGCUGAAAUUCGGAAAACUAGAAAAGUGAAACAAGUUUUGACACAAUCUACAAUCUCACCAUUUUUGGUCAAAAAGAAUCGGAAAGAACCCGAAACGGAUGAUUUUGAUUUGGUUGGUGUUACUCCGAUGGAAGUUUCGAAUAUCACAUUGGCAGCUGAAAAGGAGGAGGGUGAUGAUGUUAUUUUCACACCACUUCCUGUUGAGAAAUUGCCAACUAAUACUAUGCAAAGGAAAGGUGAGACAGGUAAUUUUCAGCCAUUUUUCAUGAAUUUGGAAUCGAAAUUUCAUGAUUUUCAGCCCGAAAUUCAUAAUUUUCAGCCUGAAAUUCAUUUUAGCUGGAAAUUCACAUUUUUCAGCUUAAAAUUGAUGAUUUUCAGCCAUUUAUAUUACAAAUAUUUUUUUCCAGAACCCGAAUCGAUAAAAAACAAUAAUUUCGAUGAUGUUAUUUUCACACCACUUCCUGUUGAGAAAUUGCCAACUAAGACUAUGCAAAGGAAAGGUGAGACUGGCAAUUUUCAGCAAUUUUUCACGAAUUUGGAAUCGAAAUUAUCGAAAUUUAAUGAUUUUCAGCCUGAAAUUCAUAAUUUUAGCUGGAAAUUCAUAAUUUUCAGCUUAAAAUUUGUGAUUUUCAGCCUGAAAACUCAUGAUUUUCAGCCAUUUAUAUUACAAAUAAUUUUUUCAGAACCCGAAUCUAUAAAAAACAAUAAUUCCGAUGUUAUUUUCACACCGCUUCCUGUUCAGAAAUUGCCGACUAAGAAUUUGCAAAGGAAAGGUGAGACUGGCAAUUUUUAGGCUGAAAUUCAUAAUGUUCACCUGAAAAUCCAUGAUUUUCAGUCAUUUAUACUUCAAAUAAUUUUUUCAGAACCCGAAUCGAUAAAAAACAACUUUGAUGAUGUUAUUUUCACUCCACUUCAAGUCGAAAAAAAUCCGCAAAAAGGUAAAAUAAAGAUUUCACGUGAAAACGUGUAUUUAAAUUGUUUUUCAUUUCUAAUUUUUAUUUUUAGAUUCAAGACCUCAAAAUGACUUGAAUUUCAAUGUUUUCUCAAAACCACCUAGAAUUCAAGAAGAGCCAAUUCCUAAACGACCUCCGAUGACAACAAAUGUAUCGAUUGCUGAAAUCAAUGAGAAAAAAACCGAUUUUUCCAAACUAGAUUUCAGAAAAUCGGAAGAUUUCAACGUUUUUCCGAAUCGAAAACCAAAAAUGCUGACUCGACAAUUAUUGGAGGAUUCUGAGCCACGCCUUAAACCUCCACAAAAAGAGCCGGAAAUUGAGAUUUAUGAGCCGGGAAAAUUGCGAAAUCUAUUGCCGAAUGAUCGAAUUUCGUGGCAGCCGGAGAGUGUGAAAAAUGAAUUUGAGGAUUAUGAAUCGAGAAUUUUACCGCCUGGAUUUGAGAAAGCUGUGAGUUAGAGGGUUUUCAAUAUGUGAAAUGUUAUAAAAAAUUUUUAGUCGACGCUGAAUCGAACAAAGAAUGGAGGAGGAGGAGGGGAAUUCGAGGAUACGCGAAGGAAAAUUGUAGACAAGUUUUCGAGAAAUAUUCAUGGACCUAGAAAUGCGGCGACAAAACGGGUUUUGUUAGUUUUCAAAUUUUAAAUUUUCAGAAAUUCUGAAUCAGAAUCAAAUUAAAUUCAAAAAAAAUACUCAAAAACCAACCCUCUAGAAAUUCCACAAAUUCUGUUUUUUUUCCAGACCUCAAAAAAGACAAUUCAAAAAUCGUCACCGAAUUUUUCAAAUCCGUCAAACAUUUGAAACAAUCGGAAGAGGAAUUCAAUAAUAAAUCGAGAAAAAUUGAAAUUGUUGCUCCAACUCAAAUCACACUUCAAAAUCAAGAUGAUCAAAUUAUCGAAGAUGAAGAAGAAGAGGAGGAAAUUCAAGAGGAACCAAUUAUUGAUCGAAGAAAUUUGGGGAACCCGAUGAAUAAUACAAUUGAAUUGGAUGGAAUGAAAGAAUGUCGAAGAUGGAAAAUCGGAGGAUAUGAGAGUCCUGCACAAAACAUCGAGACAAAUGAUAUUCUACCAACUUGGAACCCGGAUGUUUUGACAUAUAAAUUCACGGAAUAUCAACCGAGUUCUUCUAACCAACCAGUGAAAAUUGAGCCAUCAUUUACAGCUCCAAAGAAAAAUAAGAAGAAUAAUUUGGUGCACAAACCGAUUGCUCGAUUGUCGGAAAAUGUUCAAAUCUAUCGAACACCGUUGGUUAAACGAGUUCCGAGUGCCGAGAAUUCGGCAAUAUAUACGGAGGAAUUGUGUAAAAGAUUGGCGAAUUUGAAUAUUGUGCCGUUGCGAGAUGCGUUGGAAACUAGAAAAUAUUGGAUGAUGUCGAAAAUUGUUGUGAUUAUGGUGAGGAUUUUUUUGACAUAUUGA